CAAUUUGUGUAUACAUAUACAUCAUGAUAUUAUUGCCAGUAAACAAUACACCUGACACUCGAGGACGUUCGCUUAAAUUCCAGAGGAGGUGCAGUAGUUGAAUCCAUUCCACCAUUAAUUGUAGAGAACCGAGUUUACUGUUAAGGGAUCAACUGAGAAUCAAACAAUGCCUGAAAGGAGCCAAUAUACAAACAGAGUUGAAUCUGAGAGACCCAGGAGAGAAAGGGAUUCUUCACAUGACAGAGAACGCUCCAGAUAUGAAGGGAGAGAAUGGGAAAGGGAAAGAAAUGGAGAUCAUGGUAAAAGAGAGAGGCGGGAGAGGAGCUCUGGCAAUGACAUAAGUGGCCGGGAGAAGGACUACUAUGAAAGACAGAGGGAUACGACAUCCUUCUCUUCUAAUGACCCAACCGACCACAGGAGCAGUCAUCUGCAGGAAUACUCUGAACAGUACACAGAUGGUUCCAGGUCCCCAUCUGAUCAGCACUAUGAACACAGAGAAGCUGUAUACAACCUCCGGUACAUCUUAACGUCCAGAGGUCUCUGCCAGAUAAUCGAAUUGGUUCUGAACCUGCUGAUAAUCAUCUGUGCCGGGGUUCCAUAUAGCAACUCAGGUGGCUACCGUGACCUGGCCAGCUACGGCGGGAUCUACCAGUACUACUUUGGGGGAGCCAAUGCCUUCGCUGGGGCUGAAGCGGACCGGGUAAAGGAGCUUGACCAGCUUUUCCACCAGCUCAAGCUCCCUCCGUACAUCUUCAGCAUGGCAUGUGGGGGGGCUCUUAUGACCUACGCCUGUGUCAUGCUAGCCCUGGGGGUUCUGAGGGUCACGUACCGCUGGCCCCCUGUGCUGCUGGCAGAGACUCUGCUCAACCUGCUCAUCGGCCUGGGCUACAUCCCUGCCCUGGUUUUCUACUUUAUCAAGAUCAAGGCGACUUACGACAACCCUAUCUGUAAGGAGAGGGAGCAGCUCUACAAAAGCAAAGGCCAUCAGGGCUUUGAGUGUCAGUACAAUGGGGCAGACAUUGCUGUAGGCCUCUUUGGGAUUCUCGGAGUCAUCGUAUUCCCGUUUGGUGCGUUAUUCGCCAUCCGUGCUUUCAGGGCUGUGCGGGAGACAAAGAAACAGAAAGCAGAAGAGGGUAUUAACUUGUAGGAACUGCCCCUCUUUACACUAAGAUCAAUAGAACGGAUCAAAAUUCCCCCUCUCUUCCUAUAAGCACUCACAAAAAUGUGGAUUUAGUUUAAUAGUAGUAAUUAAACUGCUAUACACGUGCUUGUGAAAAGUAAUUUCAUUUGUGUCACCCUAUUGUCAUUCUUAAUGUUUAUUUGUAUAAUGACCUCUUAAGAUGGUAUUUUUUUUUACUAUAUACAUUGUUCUACUGUACAUUUGUUUGCUUUGUAAUCUUUAUUCAUUAUAAACACGUUUUAACCUAAUAUAUUCUAUAUGUUUUCUUUUUGAGAAUUAUUUACUGGAGACAUGACUCACAUACUUCUAUAUGAAAGGAUGUAAAAGGAGUGCUUGUGUUCAUGAAUUGGUUAAGGUCAACCACACAGGAGGGAUUAUCUCAUCUCGUCUGUGCUGAAGAGCUGAAGCGUUUGUUUAAAUAACCAAACCAUCAGCAAUGCCAUGGAGGGAACUGAAUGAGAAAGGGUGACAGUUUUUCACAGUAUAAAUUUUAUUGCUACUUGGCUGAAAGUUAAUUAAAAAUACAGCUUUUCUGCUCAAAACUAGUCAUAGCAGCAUCAUCAAAUCAAAUAAUGAAGGAUCUCCCAUAAUUCAAAAGAUUACAAUUCUGGCUGACAAACAGCAAAAGUGCUUGUGGUUAGUCAUUUUCCUAAAUGAGAAAACACAAGGAAUCCUCUAAAACUAGUUACAUCAAAUAUAACAUAACUGAAGUUUGUUUAGCAGUUUUCUGCAUGCUAAAAUAUAAACAUAAAAAUAUUAUAUAUGCUCCAGAUUUUUUAAACAAUGCCUUACAAACAAAAUGUUAAUUUUGUACAAAGUAAUAACAUUUUAUAUGUAUUGUAUAUAUUUUAUAUUUAUAUGUAUUCAUAUAGGGCAUGCUUCAGACAUUAAAUACAGUAAUAAUUAGUAUCUUAAAUAAAAGAAUAUUAAUGGGUGAAUCCCUAACUUUAAAUUCUGUAGUGGAAAGGACUUAUACAUCUGCACAAAACAA